GCUAUGGUAGAAGUUCAGCUAGACUCAGAACAUGACUACCCCCAAGGUCUCUUGAUAGCCUUCAGUGCCUGCACUACUGUCCUUGUUGCAGUUCACCUUUUUGCCCUCAUGAUAAGUACCUGCAUUCUGCCAAACAUAGAGGCUGUUAGCAAUGUGCAUAACCUCAACUCGGUGAAGGAGUCUCCUCAUGAGCGUAUGCACCGGCACAUCGAGCUCGCGUGGGCCUUUUCUACUGUCAUUGGCACUUUGCUCUUUCUUGCAGAGGUGGUAUUACUGUGUUGGGUGAAGUUUCUUCCUUUAAAGAAGAAAACUGAUAAUUCUCUCCAGAGCAACAGUUCUGCCAUCACAUCAGGACAGGCAGCAGCCAUUGCAUCAACAUCUAUUAUGGUUCCCUUUGGAUUGGUUUUCAUUGUGUUUGCAGUCCACUUCUACAGGUCGCUGGUGAGCCAUAAAACAGACAGGCAAUUCCAAGAACUGAAUGAACUUGCGGAAUUCGCACGGCUCCAGGAUCAGCUGGAUCACAGAGGUGAUAACAUCUCCUCGGCUGUUACUCAUUUUGCAUAAACCUGUACUUAAAAUAAACCCACUAUUCUGCUUCUGCC